CAGCGGGCUAGCUAACGCUGAAGAGGAGGGGGACGCAGGACACGGCUCCACAUCAGCACCCACCCGAGUCCCGAAUACUGACAAAUAUCCGCCGACAACAGCGAGGCAAAAGACUGCAGACGAGAGUUCAGUAAUCAUGUACGAUGCGGCGAGGGUGCCAUCUCCUAAGGAUGGUGCGAACGGGGUGGCCCAGCCCGUGGUCCCCGGAGCGGGAGCAGGACCAGCUGCAGGACCAGGAGGACCCACGCCGACCGCGGUGCUACAAGCUAAAACUGAGGAGGGACAGCCGGGUACGGAGGAGGAGGAGGAGGAGCCCAAAGCGGAGCCCAUCCUGGUGAAAAAGCCACACAGAGAGAUUCUGGACCACGAGAGGAAGAGGAGGGUGGAGCUCAAAUGUAUGGAGCUGCAGGAGAUGAUGGAGGAGCAGGGGUACACAGAAGAAGAGAUUCGACAGAAAGUGAGCACAUUCAGACAAAUGCUGAUGGACAAGGAGGGCGUUAUCACCAGAGAGGGCUCACACACACAACCAGGGGUCAACCACCUGCACUAUCAGCCUGACGAGUAUGAAGAGAACUCCGAACUGGUCGGCUAUGAAGAUGGAGACUACGGCCAUGAUUACCACAGCGACAGCCGAGUGAAGAGGAAAUCAAGCAGCUCUCCAUCCCCACGUCCAAAGAAAAGAAAGAAGAAGAAAUCUGGCCGCCGAAGGAGUCGGUUCGGCAGCUCAUCACCCACUCACAGAGAGAAGAAGAAAAAGAGUGGGAAGAAACACAAGCGAGACAGAUCUGCAUCUGGCUCCAGGAAAAAGAGGAGAUACAGAUCGGGCAGCCCAAAGAACAAACACAAAGACAAGAACAAACAGAAAAAGAGGUCCCCCGGUGAGACCCCCAGCAGGAGUUCACAGCGUCAAGGCAGCUGCUGUAGCUCCCGUAGCGCCUCCCUGUCCUCCACUAGGAGCACCUCCAAAUCUCCAACCAGGCUGAACUCCAAGCACAAGACGGACGGACAAAAGGCGUCCAGCACCUCGCUGUCCCCGGGCACCAACACUCCCACCGCAUGGCACAACGGGGACCACACCCAGCGGAGCCGCAACGGCAGGGCAGGCCGACUCAACCACAGCGAGGCCGAGAAAGGGCACGAUAAGCUCCGUCUGCUGACCGCUGGCUCUGCAAGCAUCCAGUCCACUCUGCUGAGAGAGCACAAGCUCCACAGCGCCCCCAGCAGGAGCCAAGCAGGACAGAUGUGCGCAGCAGGAGAGGCUGGGAGUGUGGAGGGCAGGAACACAGCUGUAGGGAGCUCCGUAACCCAGACGUCGGGGAGGAGAGGGAGCCAGAGAGGCCAGAAUAAGAGCUCCCACUCCCCUGCUCACAGCAGCGACUCGGCCCACUCCCAGCACAACCACACCCACAGAGGGAGGAACUCUCGUCACCAGAGAAAGACAAAAGGUGGCCAUUCUUCCAAGCGUCACCACCGCUCCAGUCGGGGUCAGGCUCACCACCGGAGCCCGUCGGCGUCUCCGGGACGCCACCCACACACGUCAAGCAGGAAGAAAGAGGAGUCCCGGAGCAAACCCAACCUCCGGCAGCGCAGCAGCUCCUGGAGCAGCGGGCGCUCGUCCUCACGCUCCGCCUCCAGAGACAGAGGCCCCAGCAAGGCCAAGUCCCCACACAACAGACAGAACAACUCCAGAGAGAGGGACAGCCCGAACCGCUCCGACACCGACAGCCGAGCUCGCCGCCGCUCACGCAGCUACUCGCCCAUUCGCAAAAGAAGAAGAGAUUCGCCCAGCUUCAUGGAGGCUCGCAGGAUCACCAGUGCCCGGAAGCGUCCCAUCCCGUACUACCGGCCCAGCCCUUCGUCGUCCAGCUACGACAGCAGCCCGUCGCGGUCCAGCCGCAGCCGCAGCUACAGCAGCUACAGCCGCAGCAGGAGCCACAGCCGGAGCCACAACCGGAGCCACAGCAGAAGCCGGAGCCGCAGCCGGAGCUGGAGCCGGAGCCGCAGCCAGAGCCGGAGCUGGAGCCGCAGCAAGAGCCGCUCCCGCAGCCACCACAGCUACUACAGCCGCAGCAGCUACGACAGCCCCGGCUUCUGAGCGCAACACGCAGCACAGGAGGGAAAAGAAAAAAGCAGAGGAGAAGUUAAAUUUACCGGUUCAGUCAUGAGGUAUCUUUAACCAGCCCGCACUGCUGUACAGCCCAGGGCCCAAACUCCUUUACCCCAGACCAUCAUCUCUCUCUAACACAGAGCCCGGAUCAAAGAGGAGAAAUGUAUUUUGAUAUAGCACAUUACUAUGAAAUUCGCUGUUAAUGUCUUCACGUAAACAAGGUAUUAAAGGAAAUGGGUUACCACAUGUCAAAAUUGUAUUUGGUAGAGCCCAAAGAACAAAUCUCGCUGUAUGUUAGCACUUUCUUUCUCUUCUUCCACAACGCAACCAAAAAUGAAUUCAUCAAAAAAACUAUAUACUAUAUAAAUAUAUAUAUAAAUAUAUAUAUAUAUAUAUAAAUCCUAACAGUAGGGGAUGAAUAGACGACAAAAAGUGGACACAUCGACGGCUUACUGUACAUUUCGGAAUUUUUUUUUUUUUCAUCAUGUACUCAUCUCCCCAAAGACUUCCAUUUCAUCGAAGCACAGAGAUCAACAGAAGUUAGAACAAAAGAGAAGUCUGCGGAUGACAUAGGGAGCAAAAAAAAAGAAGAAAAAAAAGAAAAGGAACUUUUUUUAUGAUAAAAAUGGUAUUGUAUAGGUUUGUCUGUAUAGAUGUAAACUCUCUUUAAGUUCUGGCUUUGUAAACUAUGCACUGUAUAUUCCAUUUAGUUUGAGGAGGUUUGUUCAGCAUGAUGCAUCAGGAGAGACUUGCUGCUGGAAGGAGAGUACCUGGCCGAAAUGAAAGGUGCCAGGGUGCAUCUGUGCUCCCCGCUGGCCUAUACAGCAGUAUGUCCACCUGCAUAUACAGGUGAAUGGGAAGGGUUGGGGGGAAGGGGACUAUUUAUUACAUACUUUUACUCUUCCCUGUUUAAAUUAUUAUGUUGAUUCUGCUAAUUUAUGUGUGAGAGAGUGUGUGUGUGAGUGUGUUUGCGCAUGUGUGUACCUCCUCUGCAAUGACCAGUGAGGUAAUUAUUGAUGUGUACACCUCUGUAGCCUGCACCUGAGGCUGCUGUAUGGUGCUGUACAGGAAAACUGUCUGCAAAAAGUCUCCAUGCACACAUUUGUGUUGACCACAGCUAUUUAUAAUUCUACUGUAUUUAUUUGUUUAUUUAUUGGGUUAUUUAUUAUUUAAUUUAUUUAUCACCAGGAGCAGUUGGAUCAUGCUUUGAAGAUGAAAUUGCUGCAAAUGUAUUCCCAUUUGAAUAUGUACUGUAUGUGUCUUUUUUUUUUUUUUUUUUUUUAAACACAAAUUUGGUCUCUUAUUAUGCCCGAGGCUUGCUGUCGCUAUCAGAUUAGCGAACAGGGUGAAGAUUCACCGCUGUGUGUUUAAAAUGCUCUGAUUGUAGCCAGUGGAAUGGCUUCUUCGCCCACAGUUACUCCCACGACUGCCAUUAUGGCUCCCCCGGCCUAUUGUAGGAGCCAUUGUGGCUCUGUUUGAAUUAAGGAGCGACGGAUCAGAAUCAAACAUAUUUCUGUAUGUAGAGGAGAGUCCAUUACUCUACUGUAUGUUUCAGCCACCACAUAUUCUAAUCCCUUGUAUAACAGGCCGAACAUGUUUCUGUCAGAGGUCCCCUGGUUACCGGCUUCAGGAGGAGAAUAUAUGUGAUGCAGGCUCUGUAAUGCCUCCUCUGUCUACAGCUUCAGUAGUAAAUAAUCUGGCGAUACAAUCAGGGAUCUCCCUAAGUCUUCCUUUCCAUCUGUCCGGCCUCAUGUCACUCUCACGGUGUUGCAUUCCUAGUGUAACCAGACUUAACCCAACUAUAAUACUCUGCAAACCUGUUAAUUUAUUCCAAGUAUAGCAUUGCCCCUUUGGUUCUACAAGUCAUUCUUUGUAGUGUACAAGUUAUUAUACCUGACAAUAAACAGAAACAAAUGGGGAAAUCAUUA